GGGUCCUCCUCGGCUUCUCGAGUAUUAUCGGUAGUGUGGAGAGUUUCGGAGAUUCGUAAACAUUGAAAAAAAAACAAAUACAAAAAAAAAAUAGUCGCACAUGUGUGUCGCGUAGUGGUGUUGUUGUUGUUGUUGUUGUUUUAACGUGCGCGGCUAGAAAUGGCGACAGCGACUGAACUUGGUGCUGCAGCUGCCUCGCCAACUUCGAAUUUCGAGACAACGUCGCCGCAAAAUCGCACGAACAUUGAUCAUCAUGCUUCCGCCGACGACACGAACUACUACGAGCAAAUGCGGCUGCUUUGCGAUUUCAAGACUCGCAGCAUCGAGCAAAUCAUCAUGCCGCUCGUCGCCUUGGUAUCAAAACUGAUGCAGCACAGGGACAGGCCGUUUCGAUGCGAUCGGAAUCCAGGAGUGCUCGCACGAGUCGGCCAGGGUGUGAAUCUCGCCGUGGAGAGGUUCGUGACCGUGGCCGAGACCAUAGCCGACGACAAUCCCGACGUCAAGCAGGACAUGUACGAGGCCUGCAAGGAAGCAAGGGUCGCUGGCUCGACCAUCGAGAAAUUAUGCGAGUGCGCGAUCGACGAGACCCUGAUGGAUCGGGAGGCGGUGGUGCGCGCGGCCAAGGGCCUGCUCGGGGCGGUGACGCGGGUGCUGCUGCUGGCCGACAUCACGGUCGUCAAGCAGCUGCUCAUGGCCAAGGACAAGGUGGCGCGCAGCCUGGGCCGCCUCGAGAGCGUGUCCAACUUCACGGAGUUCGUCAAGGCCUUCAGCCAGUUCGGCGCCGAAAUGGUGGAGCUCGCGCACAUGACCGGUGAUCGGCAGAACGAUCUGAAAGACGAGAGGCGCAGGGCGCAGAUGGCUGCAGCGCGCCAAGUGCUCGAGCGCAGCACGAUGAUGCUCCUGACGUCGAGCAAGGCCUGCUUGAGGCAUCCGGAUUGCCCGUCGGCCAAGGAGAACAGGGACACGGUCUUCUGCCAGAUGAGGCGAGCCAUGGAUCUCAUUCAUUACGUCGUUAAGGACGGCGUGCUCGAGAGCAGCGAAUCGACUUACUCUAAUUCACAAAGUCCGCAACAGGAGGACUGGGACAGCAGCACGGUGUUCGCCUCGCUCAAGCAGUUCGAGCGGCUGGUCGAGUCGACGCGGGUGACGCUGCUGAGCGCGGGCUGCCGCGACGCCCUGACCACGGCGCUGGACGUGGUGAUCGAGCGCACCCAGGACUUCACCGACAGCGCCUACACGAGCCACGAGCACCGCGAGAACAUACUGCUGCUCUGCGACCGGGCCAAGCUCGAGCUCAACGCCCUGCUCAGGGUCGGCAAUAGCAUAAAUUUCGACACGUCGAGCAGCGCGUCGCCCAACACGGAACUGGACCAGGCGAUACUGGGCGUGCUGCGGGCCACCCGCGAUCUGCGCCAGCAGCUCUGCCAGACGACCAUGGAGCAGGCCGGCGAUCUCGGCCAGGUCACCAAGGCCGGCCAGGAGCUCGCCCUGACGAUUCGCAACGUCGCCCUCGCGACGGACAUCGAGAGGCUGCAGGAGAGCAGCGAUCGGUUUCACGAGUACUUGGAGCACAUACUCGAGGUUUGCAAACUUCUGCGACACGUCGCUUUAUCGGAAUCGCUUCAAGUUUCGGCCAAGUUUACGGAAAUUAAUUUGAGAAUAUAUGGACCACAAGUAGUGACGGCGGCGCACACGUUAUCGAGGCAUCCGACCAGCAAAAUCGCCAUGGAAAACUUGGAAGUAUUCGCGGACAUGUGGCAGUGGUUGAUGUCGGACGUGACGACGGUAGCUAAAGACGUUUUAGAAUUAUGUCAAAAUCGACCAGAAAAACAAGUCUACAUGUCUCUUCCAAGACCAGGAAAACACGGCACGACGAGCAAGCCGCUGAAGCCCGUGAGGCUCGACAGCGAGGAGCAAGCGAAAAUCGCGAAAUCCGGCCUCGAGAUGAAGCGCAUUACAACGGAGAUGGACGCCGAGACGGAGAAGUGGCAGGGCAACGGCACCCAGCCCGAGCACGAGAACAACGACAUCGUGAAGCGCGCCAAGAACAUGUCCUCGAUGGCCUUCUCCAUGUAUCAGUUCACGCGGGGCGAGGGCGCCCUCAAGACCACCCAAGACUUAUUCACCCAGGCCGAGUACUUCGCCGAGGAAGCCAACAGAUUGUACAAAGUUGUGAGACAAUUCAGCUAUCAGGUACCGGGUGGGCCACACAAAAAGGAACUACUGGAGAAUCUCGACCGCGUCCCGACCUACGUGCAGCAGCUGCAGUUCACCGUGAAAAAUCCCACGGUCGGCAAGGCAGCGACUUUCGUCAAGGUCGACAACGUCAUACAAGAGACGAAAAAUCUGAUGAACGUCAUAUCGAAGGUCGUCACCACCUGUUUCGUCUGCGCCACAAAGUACAAUCUGGAUUUCCGAGGUCUGUCGGCGCGCGGGGCCGGCGGUUCGCCGUACCGGGGCGGAGACGGCUCGGGGGCUGACGGCGACGGAAGCGGUGCGGGCGGCGACGGCAGCAAGGUGGGCUCCGCUCCCGGCAGCGAUCCGUCUGUCUGACAGUUCGGGAUGGCCCGACGGGCCAAGGGGGACGCUCGCCGCACGCGGGUUUCCUUUCUGCUUUUCUAGGCUGCUCGCGUUUCCUGCUCCACGUUGCUUGAUAAUAAUAACGACGUCGCACGCACCGACACCGGCUCGUCGCGAGAUCAACACGCAAAAGCACACACUCGUUAUUAUUAUAUACACGUUUGUUGGCCUAUCUUAUUUAUCGAGGCCUGUGUCUCCACCGCCGUGUGCGAGACACAAUGCCAAAGUAAUGGAGGCCGAUAUCGUUUAUAUUUGCUCGAAGCAAACGUUGUGUGUUGCUGCUACUCGCUGUUUCUCUGCGGCAACCGCGCGCGUUGAUUUAAUGCAUUUGGCAAAUGUAUAGCGGCAUAUCGUGGAGCAUGAAACGGUGCCUUCUGGAAGGUCACUCGAUUGCGGCAUCAGGGCGGUCAAGGGAGUACUUUGUGGCAAGGUCGAAUUUUGUCGCAAGAAUCUCGAAAUUAGUUGACUUGCGAUUUAUGAAUUAUAAUAGCUGCGGAUUUGAAACAGGGAAGCGACAUCGAACGCUGACGAUUUUGCCAUUCGCAUAAUAAUGAUUCUGUCACAAAGAGAUGCUUAUAUAGCGAGUUCCAAUAAAGUGAAUGGCGAUGUACCACGUUUCAGGUUCGAUAUCGUUAUCUUUCCCCGAAACAAUUGUAAAUACAGUAAGCGUCUCAGGGAAAAGAGAACACUCUCGUAUAUAGUUACUACAUAAUGCUAAGAUCACUGUGUACCGUUGAAACACGAUUCAUUUGCUGACGAUUUUCUGCGACUCGCAGUUUUUUCAUAUAAGUAAUUAAAAAAAAUAAAAAACCGAUUUUUUAAGUGAUUCGACUGAUUACGCGAAAGCCUCGAUACACCGAGUUUUCGUGGUGAUGCUCUAUAGUUAAAAAAAUUCGUCCGAAACUUGAUAAAUGAAUUUGAUAGAACAAUGAAAAUUGCAGCUCAACACUACCAUAAACGAAACGUUUGAAAUUAUAACGGUAUAAAGUUGCUUUAUUAUUAAGCUAACGUCGCUACGAGAGGGACUAGAAUUCAGGGAAAAUCGUCGACAAAUUGAUCAGUAACCAAACAAACAAAAAAAUCGAGCUUCUAUCGUGCAACCUACUCUUUCAUUUGUAUGAUGAAACCAUUGAUUACUAUUGAUCGAAAGGAACGUCCACAAAUGUUUUAUAAAUAUUAAUGUAUAAACUCCACGUUAUAGAAUAAUUUUUAUGACAAAUAUUGUAAAUAAUAGAUAUAUAUAAUGUACAAUUUAAGUAUUAUACAUGGUAAAUCAAAACAAUAUGUAAAAUAAAAAAACACAAAACAGUGAACUGAAUAAACUUUUACGAAUUAAGGGGCGAUGAGAUGAAAGUGAGCGGUGUAAAAAUCCAACAUUUGAAGAAAUUAUUAAAUUUAGUCGUAUUCGAACAACUUUACAGAACUGAAGUAAAAUAAUUUAUUUAAUUAACUUGCUAUUACAUGCGGAAAGUUUUUAAUGACAAAAAAUUGAUUUAUUUGUAUCAUACUAAAAUUUAUUUCUAUAAGAACAAAAAUUAUUUGGUUCUCACAUCAUAAAAUAAGUCAUUUUUGUGUUGGCUUCAUAUUAAUUGUUAAAUUAUAAUAAAUAUAUGGAAAUUUGGAUGAGAAUUAGUUUAAUUGAAACACAAUUGUCAAAGAAACAAAACUAUUUUCACAAAAAUAGUUGCAAAAGCUGAAGUAAAAAUAAGAAUUUUUAAUAAUUUUAUAGUAAUCUUAUUUUUUUGAUUGUAUUGAAGUUAUUUAGAUAAUCUCGAGCUGUUUAAAAAAUGUUUCAUUUAUCACUGUUGAAAAUUUUUAUUUUUAUUCUGGCGUUGACAUAGUUUUCAUGAUUGUAAGAAAAAUUAAUUGUUAUACACCAUGCGUUUAAUAAGAAUCAGAAUAUAUACAUUGUUACAUCCGGUUGUACAAAUUUCCUAGAAAGUUCCUAGGUAAUUAUUAAAUAAUUUAGCGAACUGAUCUCAUUUUUAUUAACUACGUCACUAGCGAGAUUAGAUAUUGUUCUAAAUAAUUAUAUUAGUAUAUAUAAAAAUGUGCUUAUCACUGAAAAUUCAAUUUUUUGAAUUUAAAAAUAUAUUUGCUUUUUACACAGAUUACAUGAUACAUUCAAAUCACAAGUUUUUUAAAAUAUAAUAUUCAAAUUAUAGAAACUAGGGUUAAUAUUUGAAAUAAUUUGAUAGCAAACGCUGACAAAAAUUUUAUAUUUCAAUCUAAAAAAAGAAAGAAUUUCGCUUGCUUAAAAAAGCUCAACGUACAAUUGAUAUGUGUGUAAUUGCUUUUCAAUAAAUGUCUUAAAUUAUUAAUUCAAACGAGAAAGUUUAUGCUCAUCAACAUGGUGCUCUAAACAGAAUACUUAUUUCUUGCGCGAAUAAUUUUUAGCAAUUUUUUUUCAUUUGGUUGUAAGAAACUGUUAGACCCAAAACACGCUUGUGAAGUGAAUGAAAAAAAUUUCGUCAUGAAUUUUCACUAUAAAUACGGUAUAGUUACAGCUUUUGUUUGAAAAUAAAAUAAAAAUUACUGACAGAUACAAUAAUAAAUCGGUAUUUUCUAAAUGUCAUAGUUGUAAUGAUUGUAAAUUAACACGUUAUUGCUCGACAUACAUUUUUACGUAGAAUUAAAAAGUAUAAGCUAUUCAAAUGCGACGCAUAAUUAAUUUAUUAUAUUUAAUCGAUAAUAACUAUUUUCUCGCGAGUUUUCUACGACGAUAUGUAAUUAAAAAUAUUCUUGAUAUGAUCCUGUACCGUGAUAAAGUUUUUGCUGGACAUAUCUGUUAAAUGAGAUCUUUGAUUGUUCCAUUAUGUGAAAAUUGGGUAUUUAGUGAUAAUAUUUGUAAAGUUCCACAAUUUUUUCUUACUGUAACAAUAAAUUCUUCAAUCAUUAAAUUUCGAAUGAUCUUAGCAUUGAUAAAUUAUCGAUUGAUUGUAUCAUAUAGAACAAAGACAGUGGAAAAAUUAGUAAACUAUGUUGAAAACAGAGCUAUAUUACCGAUAAAAAAUCGUUUUAAACGAUUUUGUGCCUAUAGUUAUGUAGUUGAAUAAAAAUUUCUUUACUGAAGUAUACAUAAGUCAAAAGUAUUUAAGAAUCUUGUUUUGUAUUUAAUUCAAAAAUGGUAGUCGCAUUUUUGAUAGAAUUGAACAUUUUUCAAAUGACAAUUUUAAUAGAGCUUAUAAACUUUUGAAAGUACUAAGUUUGUUUCAAAAAAAUACGUAAAAUAUUGUUCAAAUUUAUAUACAUAGAAUCAAAAUAAAAUGUUAAUCGACACCUUUAAUAUGAAGCUGUUCCAAAUAUAGAACCAAUGACAAUCGUAUUUGUUUUAUAAGAGUUAAAAAUUGCAAGUGAAAGGCGUUAUCUGACAGGGAAAAAUCUAAUCCGAUUUUGAAUUGAAAUAUUGUUCGACAUCAUGCCUUCAAAUAUUUGGACGAUAGAUUCAUUUAUGAAUGAUUUUCUUCAUUUUAAAUAAUUUCAUUCGUGCAAAAAAUAUCUUUUUCGUUUGCAGACGUAAAAGUAGCAUAAUCUAGGAGUUGCUUUUCAAAACACAAAAAAAAAUAAACGCCUCAAUACCAAAUGAAAUACAUUUAAUGGAUUUUAGCUUGCAUCAUAACUCAUUAAACGCACAUCGAUACCGUUAAUAUAAGCUUUAAAAAUUGCAAUCUUCCCUAAACUGCGAGUCUGAUUGAAUUUUUCAGUUAGUUUUUUUUUUCAAAUUUGAAUGAUUUUUAUUAGCUACAUUAUAAAAUUACUAUCACACUGAAACAAAUAUUUGCUUCAUAAAAUUUUUACACGUUGCUAUGAUAUAAUGAUUGUUGUUUGAAUUACAAAAUACCAAUAUUUGAAUUGUAAAUUGUAAGGAAAGAUUGUACUGAUUGAAUUACAUAUACGAGAUUAAGGCAUUGUAAAUACCUAAAUUGUUUAAAUACAAGACAAAUCGACUGAUGCUUUACCAAUAAUUACAUAAAUGAAUGAAUGUAUAUAAUAAAUGUGUAUAAAUAUUGAAAUAAAUAAGAAAAGAAAUUAUAUAUGAAUAAAUGCUUAUGUAAACUAAGUAAGAAGCAAGGAUGAUACACAAUUCCAAGUUAGAUAAAUGUGAUGGAAAAAUUAUAGAAAAGCGUAGAAAAAUUUAUGAUGGUUCUAAGAAUAUAUUUUGGAAACAGUUAAUGUAUGUGAAAAGAAUAGAUGUUUUCCAUUGACAUAGAUCGUUCUCCUUUGUAUGAGUGCUUUAUAUAAAUCAACAACUAUUCUCCAUCAUUAUUAUAAAGUAUGAGCAUUGGUGAGUGUUCAUUUCACUCGAAUAAAAAUUUGAGCCAGCCAAUCGCUUUGUUCUUUCGUUCAUCUUCAUCUAUUGAAUGUUUUCGAUCUCAACAAAAAGAUCUCAUGCAAAAUACAGGAGUAAAAAAAAGAUUUCCAACUGUCUUUUUAUGAAAAUUUCUCUGUUGUAAUAUGGAAAAUGUGUCUGUUUAAAAAAAUUGUAUUAGAUGGAAACAAUUAAUAUUGUAAAUGAAACUAUAGUCUUCCUGUCAACGCUUGGAGUAAUGUUUCUCGAGCUCAUAACAUCUUCUCUUCUUUGACACAUCAAAGAAAUCUCGGAGUCAUGCUAAACAAAACAAAUACCUACACAAAACAGAAUACAUGGAUAAUAAAAUCGAACCUUUAUGUGUAAAAUUGUAAUCGUGACAUAGUUUACUAAGAUUUUGCUGGCAAAAAAUAAAAGAUAAAUCGUACUUAAUUAAGAGAAUGUUUCGAUGUAUAACAAUGUAAAUGAUGGAUCUAUUGGUUUUUUUUGAGUGUGAUGGAAUUCGAAAGAAAGAUAUAACGAAUACCUAUCGUAAAUAAAUUUCAUACUUCGUAUUCUAGCAUUAUUUCAUCAUGUAAGAAAAAUACCGUACUUAUAAAGAGAGAAAAGAGCU